GUCAACACGACGGAUUCGAAGGUCAAGGGCGCUUGCAAUUUCCACCUUCUGGGAUACUCCCAUUUAUGACGUGCCAUGGCGUUGAGAGAUUUAGAUAUAACAUCAUCCAAGUUUAUACUUUAUACCGCGUUUCUGCAACUUCAGUCUCUUCCGCCUCUUCGAUCAAGCCAGCUUAGCUCUCACUUCAGUUGCAACAUCGUGCUGAUAGUUCAUUCACCUGCCGUUUGACGACGCCAGCAACUUCUCAGUGUUCUGAUUUCCGUACCCCACCCAUCCUAGGAGAAGUGAUUUGGUGUAAUCGGCUAGGUCAAUCGGGAGAAGAACACAGAAAAAAUCGCUUCAAGACGAUGGUGAAGGAGACGGAAUACUACGACGUUUUGGGGGUUAGCCCCGCCGCAACUGAAGCUGAAAUUAAGAAAGCUUAUUACAUUAAGGCACGACAGGUUCAUCCAGAUAAAAAUCCAAAUGACCCUCAAGCAGCCCAAAAUUUCCAGGUUUUGGGAGAGGCUUACCAAGUGCUGAGUGAUCCUGCCCAACGACAGGCUUACGAUAAUUAUGGGAAAUCAGGAAUUUCAACUGAAGCUAUAAUUGAUCCUGCAGCAAUAUUUGCCAUGCUUUUCGGAAGUGAGCUUUUUGAAGAAUACAUUGGUCAGCUCGCCAUGGCAUCAAUGGCUUCAUUGGAUAUUUUCACCGAAGGUGAAGAUUUUGAUGCUAAAAAGCUGCAAGAAAAAAUGAGGGUUGUUCAAAAGGAAAGAGAAGAGAAGCUUGCUGAAAUAUUAAAGGAUAGAUUGAAUCUUUAUGUACAAGGAAAUAAAGAAGACUUCGUUUGUCAUGCUGAAGGUGAAGUGUCAAGGCUUUCUAAUGCAGCUUACGGUGUUGAUAUGUUGAAUACAAUUGGGUAUAUAUAUGCAAGGCAGUCAGCUAAAGAGUUGGGGAAGAAGGCAAUAUAUCUGGGUGUGCCAUUUAUUGCUGAGUGGUUCAGAAAUAAAGGCCAUUUUAUUAAGUCCCAAGUAACUGCAGCAACAGGUGCAAUUGCUUUGAUUCAGCUACAAGAGGAUAUGAAACGACAGCUCAGUGCGGAAGGAAACUACACUGAAGAAGAGCUUGAGGAAUACAUGCAAUCCCACAAGAAGUUGAUGAUUGAUUCGCUCUGGAAGCUUAAUGUUGCUGAUAUUGAAGCCACGCUCUCCCGUGUUUGUCAGAUGGUUCUACAAGACAACAAUGUAAAGAAAGAGGAACUCCGUGCACGAGCCAAGGGUUUGAAAACCCUGGGAAAAAUUUUUCAGAGGGCCAAGUUGGCGAAUGAAAAUGAAACUGAAAUGGCAACAAAAAGUCCACUACACAAAUUGAAUGGUGGUGACCCAGUGUAUGAUGCCUUUUCUGUGAAUACAUCGGCAAGAUCCUCAAAUACUGAUGAUCUACCUGCAACUCCUUUUGUACAGCAGAGCCCAUAUGUGGAGGCUCCUCAGUUCUCAGGUGGCCAAUACACCUACAAUUUCCCGAUGCCAACAGCACCACCUGGUGCUCAGAGACAUGUAUAAGCUUGCCGGAGGGUGGACUUACAGUAUCUGAUCUCUUAUUUCAUGCAAAAGGCUUGGCAAUCGGGCACCUCCCCCCAGGGCCCAGGCCCAGGGGCAUAUGGGCAUGGACCAAGAAGAAAAGUGAAAAACAGAAAAGAAAGAGGGAGAGAGAGAGAGAGGAAAGAAAAAUUUUCACAGGUUCUUAAUUCUGAACAGCUUUGCUUCUGUACUGUUGCCUUGACAGUCCAGGCAUAUUUUGAGAAUUGGGACCUUGCUGUUUGGGGUGCCUUUAAACGAACAUGAUUUUAGUGU